UCUACUGUAUAUCGUGUUACUUGCGAGCAAAGCACCAAGGCAAAUUCCUUGUACAUACUUGGCUAAUAAAAUUUAUUCAAUUCGAUUAUUUUUGUGUCUACUUGUACAUAACAAGUGCCAUGUAAACCAGCAUCUUCAGUUUCUUGUCUACAUGUGAGUGCUAUGGUGUCCGAGAUGAAAUCUUUCAGUCAAACAUUUUGAAUAAAGCUCCAUCUGCCAGGAUGGGAAUUUGAAAAUCUGCUGGGGUCGGGUGUAGUUCAGUGGAUAUGAGUAAUGCCCAGAACAAAUCUAAUCAACUUUUGGGUGCCCUCAUCAAUGGUGGGUGUUAGAUGAAAACACUGGGUAAAAUGAAAGCAAAGGUAACACAGCAUGGAUGGGUUGCUAUUGCAGGUAGGCUUUAGCAGUGAUGCAUUCUUCUGAGCGUCUCAUUAUUCCUUAAUUAAAAUUCAUUUCAGAUCCAACAUUUGGAAAUUGCCUAACUUUGAAAUACAUUUUGUUUACUUUGCUAAAAAGUGAUGAAAGUAAAUCUUGAGAUGAUUAAAAUACAGUCGACCAUGAGGUUACUUGGGUGAUAUACUUUAAAGGGAAGUUUAAUGUGAAGUUUUGGGCAACAUUUUAUAUUUGUUUCCUUAACUUCCACCUCUUUUCUAAUUCUUUCCCAUGCCACAUUCAGUUAUUGGGCAAGACUGAAACAGCCUACCCAGGACCGAUGGCUUUUGGCUGCUGUCAUAACUCUGAGACUUCUCCGGCAAUGAUGCAAGCGAAAUGACCAAGAAGCUAGAACUACGAUAUAAUGGAUAGUUGAAGUCAUGGGAGUCAGACCUGUAAACUGCCUGAACAUUCCUACAGCAGUGCUGUACGGUUCUUUAUCGCUGUUUGUCUCCAUUCUCCAUAACGUCUUUCUUCUGUAUUAUGUGGAUACAUUUGUAUCUGUUUACAAAAUCGAUAAAUUAUCCUUCUGGAUUGGUGAGACCAUUUUUCUCCUAUGGAAUAGUCUUAAUGAUCCAUUAUUUGGAUGGCUAAGCGAUCGCUCAUUUCUGAGCACACAACAGUCAGGUGCUGCAAUAUCCUCUCCAGAGGUUGUGUUGAAGCGACUGAAAGCACUAAUGCGGAAUGGUCCUCUAUUUGCACUGUCGUUCCUGUCUUUCUGGGUGGCGUGGGCAAGGCCAGGAGUACAAUUUCUGGUCUGCCUUUGUCUAUACGAUGGAUUCCUCACCAUUGUGGACCUCAAUCACAAUGCCUUACUGGCAGACCUGGCUGUGUCGGAAAAGGACAGGACUAGACUGAAUUUUUACUGUUCGCUUUUUAGUGCCCUCGGAUCCCUAUCAGUGUUCAUGUCCUACGCAGUCUGGAACAAAGACAACUUCUUCUCAUUUAGACUCUUCUGUGCAGCAAUGGCUGCCUUUUCCAUUUUUGGCUUUAGUAUAUGCACCUGGAUUCUCAGACAACGGUUCCAGUUGGAAGUCAAAGUAAAACAUAUGGAGGCCUCCAUGUUAAAAGAGUUACAUAUCAGUCAAACUCCUCUUGCCCAGGAGCAAACACUGACAUUCUUGGAGUACCUGAAGCAACUGUCCCGGCAGCAGAACUUUGUUUGGUUUGUGUCCAUGAACCUAGUGCAGGUAUUUCACUGCCAUUUCAACAGUAAUUUCUUCCCAUUGUUUCUGGAGUAUUUGCUAUCAGACAGAAUUUCACUCUCCACUGGUUCCUUUCUCCUAGGUGCAUCAUAUAUUGCUCCUCAUUUAAACAACCUUUACUUCCUGUCACUGUGCCACAGAUUUGGAGUGUAUAUGGUCAUUCGCUGGUUGUUCUUCUUGAAACUGGUGCUCAGCCUGAUCAUGCUGCUGGCAGGUCCAGAUCAGAUCUACCUACUUUGUUUCUUCAUAGCCAGUAAUCGUGUAUUCACGGAGGGGACCUGCAAGCUUUUGAACUUGGUCAUCUCUGACCUAGUGGAUGAAGACUUUGUGAUGAACAAGAGGAAACAGGCAGCGUCGGCACUGCUAUUUGGAAUGGUUGCCUUGGUGACAAAACCCGGACAGACAUUUGCCCCCUUAUUUGGGACAUGGCUUUUGUAUGUUUAUACAGGAUAUGACAUCUUCCAGCAUGACGCGCUACAUGAUAUUGUGAGCACAAAGCCGGUGGGGGAGCCAAAUACAGCCUGGAUGAAAGCGGUCCGCCAAGGAUGCUUCUAUCUGUUGGUCUUCAUUCCCAUAACGUGCGGAGUACUGCAGCUUCUCGCCUGGUCCCAAUUCAACCUCCACGGGAAACGACUCCAGACCAUCAAAUCACUGAGACAGAGCACACACCAAGAGGGCUUGCUGGACAUUAAAGCGGUGUGAACCGCCACCCUGGAGCCUCCAGUAUCCGUCCGCCUCCGUCAGAUGUGACGUGACUUUUGACGACUCUACUGCUCAGGGUGUGAAAACCUUCAGAGGACUAACAUGCUGCUGUUCGGUCUGUCUGGACUUCAACAGAUUUCAAUCAUGUAGCAAAUUCGAACUCUAUUAAGACUAAUAGUUAAGAAGACACCAUGUGCCUAACCAAUUUUAAAUUUUAUUACUUGGCCUUUGCGAUUUACAAGAGGUCCACAUGUCACAUUGAAGCCAAGGACAUAGUUUGAUAAUCUACACGUGCACAAGAUCCAAAUUUGUUGUCCUUUAUCCGUGCUGUGAAUUUUAUCAGAAUAUAGAUCCACUAUUACUUUUGUAGCAAAUAAUUUGUAAAUAUGUUGCACAAAAGAUAUGGCAUUGUUAUCAUUGAUAUUUGUUCUCUUGUUAUGUAACCUAGCAUCAUUUCAUUGUACUGAGUGUGUGUGUGAGAGAGAAACUGGUUGGGCAAUGCAUGAUGAAGUGAGUUCGAUUCUGGCCUCUUGCCUCUUGCUGUUUAAAGUUCGCAGACAUUACAGUGGCCACCUCUUUGUAAAAUGGGAAGGAGCAGUCUUGGUGGAGGGCUCACCAGUCAUAGACCGUGGCCAUUCAAUUUUUCUGACAUUUUUCAAAUUCAGUGGAUGUGCAAACUGCUGUAGCAGCACAAAGACUCCAGGAUUGUCAGCGGAGCCCAAUUGUUGGGGCAGAAGUUUGGAUCCAACUGUAUUUAAACUGGGAGAAAUGUGCCCAAAAAAGGGCAUAAAGUGCUGGUGUAACUCUUCCAUGAAUGCUGCUUGACCUGAUUUGUUACUCCAGCAGGUAGACAGAAAUGCUGGAGAAAUUCAACGGGUGAGGCAGCAUCUAUGGAGCGAAGGAAAUAGGCAACAUUUCGGGUCAAAACCUUGUUACUCCAGCACCUUUGUCUUUGCAUCGGCAGUUCUUUGUUUCUAGACAUGUACCCAAUGCUGCCACCUGGUGGCCAACGGGGAAAUACUUCUUUUUACCACAGACAAAAAUCUUUGAUGGAAAAAAAUGGUCAUCCCUGAUGCCAAAGCUUUGCAGUAAAUGAAAGCGAUUCCAGGUUUUGAUAAUGCCAGAUGCCCCAUAUUAUAGUUAAAUUUUUCUAUUUUUUACCUGUUAUGUUUUCUGCCAUGUCAAUGGUUCAAUGGUUUCUUUAUCACGUGUACCAAGAUAGUCAUUUUUUUUUUUUUGCUUACAGAUCAGGAUAUUCCCAUACAUAAGUACAAUCCCUGGUUAAGUACAUAGUGCAUCAAACCAGCCCACUGAAUCUCUAUGCAAGAGUCGCCAGGUUUUGGUGCUGUUUCAGUCCCAACUGGCCAUAAAAGUCUGUUGCAGCCGGCGUCUCCAUCUGUUUGCCCUGCGAACCAAUGUCCCUCUCCUCGCUUGUCCUUUCUCCCAUUGCAUUUAGCCCAUCCUAUUUGUAUUUUUAAACUGUGCUACCAUUUGGCCCUUUGAACCUCUGUGCUCCUGUUGUAGUUGUGGCUACUAAAGUCAGAUAACACUGCAAAUCUUCUAAAAUGGUGUUGCCGCACAUGUCUGUCUCAUUAAGUGCUGGGGGUGAACUGUCCAGCUGAAUGUUGCUGACUAAUCGGUACUUCCAAAAUCCCCAGUGUCACAUUCUAUCCCAUUACACAGGGUGCAACCAAAUCCCAGCUGAGGUGCUUGCUUCUUAUUCAAGGACUUGGCAGCUAAAGUUCCCAUUGUGUCCUUUGAAAAUAUAUUCAAAGCCUGCUCCUGAGUUCUGUGUUUGUUUCCAAACAUCAAAGAAGAUGUUAGAUGUUAACAUGAGAUUAAAACUCUCUUAUUUGUACAAUGGAUGGAUGCAUUGUUCCCUCUCCCCACCCCCUUCAACAUCAUUCCACGCCAACCCAUGUCUGUCACUUCCCUCAGCACUCCAGGCUCUGUUUUCAAGAGAGUCAAGGGUGUGUUUAUUGUCAAAAUGGAACAAUGAAAUUCUUUCUAGCAGCAGUAUCGCAGAUUUGUAAGCGCAGUACUUAAUAAUGUGCUAACAUUAAAAAAAAAAGAUUAUAGUGCAAAAGACAAAAACAAAGCACAAAAUCCCUAGUGCAACCAAGGCAGUUUGAAGUUUUUAUGUGUUCAAUGGUCGUUGGGAAGCUGUUCCUGAACCUGAAUGUUUUCCAGCUGUGGUGAGGUGCUCAAGUGCUACACCUCGGGUCAACCAUUCCCACACAGCAAAGUCACUCCUCCUGAAGGUCCUUGUGGGCCGUUGAGUUAAAGGAACCAAUCUGCUGUUUAUCCCAAGACUCAACAGCUGACGGUCUGACGGCCGCUAGUGGUCUGUGAACUUCUGGCACAAUAGAUUUUUACAGAGAAAUCAAAUUCGCUGCUGGGACUGGUAACUCCUAUCUCGCACUUUUUCUCUAUCACUCCUUACCCUCCAGUCUAUCAGCCCAGGAUGUGAACGCUCACUGCUUGUGCAUGCCAUGCUUUGAGAUAUACUGUAAAGCAGUGAGAUUUAUAAGCAUCAUAUCUGGCAAUGGCCACUAUUGCAAUCACAGCAGAAUGUGUUGGGGCUUUCACAUCACAUGGUGGAGUUUCCAAUAUUUCCAAAGGAAGCUGAAUGUGGUUUGUGUGAAAUGUUAAAUUGCGGAGAUAUCGUGAAUGGUAAACUAGUUUUGGUGUGGUUUUAGUGUCAAUGUUUAAAAUGUUAUGCUUGCCAUCUAAAGGUGGUUAACUUUGCCAAAAUUAUGAUUUGUAGAAAAGCAACAGACUUCUCCAGAAAUGGCAACCAUAUUUGGAAAAGAUUGGAUAAAUUAUUUUUUUUAAACUCCUACGUAAGUAUUCUUUCCGCAGAAUUCUUCCUUUGUCCUUUUUUAAAGAGAAAAUGCCUUGUUACGAUCCAGCUUUUCUAAGCACAUCAGGCGUGAUGGAUCUCUUAUUGUUUUAAUGGUCAUAAGCACUCCACCAGGAUGCACAUCCCAGAAACUGGCCAUUCAGGCAUUGAUGCACCACUUUAUAAUCUUGCCAUCUUUCCUGCUCUAAAUCUAUCACCAUGAACCCUCUAUUCCUUUCUCCCUUGAUUAAACAGCCAGUAACAAGAGAGAUAGUGGCUAAGGGUUCGUGUAGCAUAUUUUGUCCCAUCCACCCUUAUUAUCUAGUUUCUCUGCCAUUCCCUAUGGGAUUUCUACAUUUUUGUCACUUAGUAUAGGCAUUAUACCAGCAGCUUCUACUUAAUGUUUCACACAGAGAAAUAUCUUAAAGACCUAUAUUAGGCUAAUCAUUUAUGUGCUUUUUCAAGUAUUAUUACUUGCCUGCUUUUAAAUAUUAUUUGAGAUUGUUUUAUUUAAAGGGCUUGCUAACUCUAGCUCAAAAUUAAUUAUUUUUCCUGUAUCUCCAUAAUAUAUAAGCCAGUUUCACUCUCGAGAGUGUUAAUGAUUGAAUAAGGUCUUAGAUGCGAUGUGCCACGACUUUAUUGUACUUCCAAACUGGUCUCUUGACACUCUUCAUUGUGGUUAUGUAACUGGUUUAACUCUCCCUUAUUGGCUAGCCUUGUAAUUUCCUUGGCUUAAAUAAUGGACUCUUUGUCAGGCAUUCAGUCAGGAGUUCCAAUAGAUGAUUUGCCUUGUUCUUCCCAAUUGCUUUUGAAGAAGUGGAGUUUAUUCUGUCUACUGGAAUGCAAGAGAAAAUGUGAUCACAGGUUCUUCGUUGAGCCUGUUUUGCAUUGGAAGAGUUGGUACCAGUUUGGAAGCUUCAGCUGUGCUUUGAAUCUGGAAUUGGUCUCUGAUCCUGUUCUGCAGCAAAGGAUUUGAGAAUAUUUUUGCUUGGAGUGUAUAUUGCAGCGUUAUCAUCCUGCUUUACACCAGAGUUGAGGGGUAAUUGCAGUUGCCUGCUUUUUACUGACCCCUCCCAUGGUUUGCAACAGAAUAAUGAGCGUUAUACCUCCAUUAUAUUAGAAAGGAACACUGUGAAAAUAAAUUGAGAUGUAUUCCAGCUGCUUUUCCAUUCCUUCAAUAUUUAACUUUCUAAAUGUUGAGAAGUGUCAACAUUCAUUGACCUGCUUCCCAAAAGCUGCAUUGAGCUGGUAAGUUUCAUUACCUUUAUUUUAGUAUUUUAAAAACCUUUUGAAUUACAGGUUAAAUAAAGGCUUGGCUCGUCAACUUUGCUUUGAUUUCAGGACUCCAGUAUACAUUUGCUUUCAUUAAAAUGAAGACUUGUUUGUUUUAAAACAUUUGUACUUGCUUUUUGCUUUAAAUUAACAGCCAUGUUGAUUUAACUUCAGAACAAAAGAAUUGUUUGCUAUUUUGAUCCCUGAUUUAAAUAUUUGCCUUAACUGGGAUGAAUGUCCCAAAUUGAAGAAUAUGAACAGGUUUCUGUAGAGGUUCCUCACCAGCUAAAUCUGAUUAUGUGCCACCUUAAUUCUCAGUGUUACUUAUUAAAUGAUACUGUGUGAAGUAAAAGCAUGUAAAUUAAAGUGGUUCUUUUCCUAAUUAAAGAUAUUUUGAAUUAA